AUGUCUGGAAAAGGAAAAGGAAAGGGCGGCCGUGGUGAUAAGAAAUCCACCACUGCCUCCGCCAAGGCUGGUCUUCAAUUCCCCGUCGGUCGUAUCGGACGUUACCUCCGUCAGGGCAAGUACGCCACUCGUAUGGGAGCCGGCGCUCCUGUCUACCUCGCGGCUGUGCUCGAGUACCUUUGCGCCGAGAUUCUCGAACUUGCCGGCAACGCCGCCCGUGACAACAAGAAGAGCCGUAUCGUUCCCCGUCACAUCACUCUUGCCGUCAAGAAUGACGAGGAGUUGAACAAGCUACUUGGAGGUGUCACCAUUGCUGCCGGUGGUGUCUUGCCCAACAUUCACGCUAUUCUUCUUCCCAAGAAGAGCGGACCUACCAAAUAA